GCUGUGGGUGAGAGGAGCGCAGCAACAGAUAGCGAAGGAACAUCCAACUGCGAGUCGCACACAUCUAGGACAUUAUUAUAAAAAAGGGGAAUUCCUGAUUACUAUUCACUUUUUAUUGUUUCUACAGGACCUUAUCACGCAUUACGGAUCUAUUACUGAUUGUCGCAGAGAAGAGACAUUUUGUGAAUUUCAUGUUUAUAUUUAUUCUCCAGAUUUUCUCCAUAAAGAAGAUUUUUGCACCGGAUAUUCAAAUAUCCUCGUUGCUUUUUUAUUUCUUUUACUUUUUUUUAUUAUUUUCUGGAAAACAUGCUCAAUAACGUCGAUUUGAACUCUCAGGACUCUUUCUACCCCCAGUUUGACACCUGUAACGACUCAGCCAUCGGGAUGAUGGACACUAAGGAGCAUCAGGAUGUCUUUAUGGACGCUGAGCGCACAGCACCUACUCAGUUUGCACACGAUACAACAAUCACUCCCAAAACGGAGCCCACCAGCGCAGAUCAAUACUCCUCCUGUCACGGCCCUAAGGGAAGCUACGACUCCUCGCUGUCCUACUCGGGCAGUUUCUACGUGGAGGCGUGUCAGGGCGCCCCCUGCAGCGCGGAAACGCUGCUUAACAUGAUCACCGAGAUCGUGGGCAUCUCCGCGGGCCCACUUCCAGAAGCGCAGCAGCAGCCCCAACCUCAGCCGCAGCCUCAGCAGCAACAACAGCAAAACGCCACCCCAAAUGCACCACAAGAACCUCCAUCCUCUGAGCCUGGGACAUUCCCUGUGGUCGUGAAAAGUGAGUUUGAGAACAGCGGAGGCUGUUAUUACGAGUGGAACUCCUUCGGGAAAACUGACACUUAUGGUUUUCCAACAUCUGGCGACUUUUCCUCCGACCAGCAUCAUCAUCAGCAGCAGCAUCAUCAGGUGGAUAUGAAAGAUCUGCUGGACUCGCUGUCCACCCCUGACAUAGAGUUUAAGGUGGAAGCCGGAAUUAAGCAGGAACAAAGCUUCGGGGAUGCUUGUGGUCAGAGUUUUGGUGCUCCUGCGUUUAACUACUCUGUCAUGGACGCACCAUCAAAUAGCCUCCUGAAACCGGGUGUGUUUCCAAACUUCCAGCCCAUCCCUGCUCCGGGACAGUGCGAGCCUCCGACCUACGCGACCUCCACCAUCGACUCGCUCCUGUAUUCCACUCUGCUUCCCCCGGAGCCAUUGGCACCAAGCCGCGCACGCGCGCCGAAGCGCAAGAGCAGCGCCGCCGCCUCCGGUUCUUCCUCCACUGCCAAGGAGAAGCCCUUCACGUGUCCUAUGGGCUCCUGCGACCGUCGCUUUUCUCGCUCGGACGAGCUCAACCGGCACAUUCGUAUUCACACGGGCCACAAGCCCUUCCGGUGUCGCGUGUGCGCGCGUAGCUUCAGCCGCAGCGACCACCUCACCACGCACACGCGCACGCACACCGGCGAGAAGCCGUUCGCGUGCGAUGUGUGCGGGAAGAGGUUUGCGCGCAGCGACGAGCGCAAGCGGCACGGACGUGUGCACCUGCGGCACAAGGAGAAGACGCAAGAGCUCGGCGCUUGGCCCUUCGCUCUCCCCGAGGCCAUCUGAAGAACGAAUGAAACCAAAAUCCAGUGCCAAAAUGCGCUUUGUAUUUGGUGUGCACACGAUCUUGGGAAGAUCUACGGUUGCUAAGGUUCUUAGUCGGAGGCUCCACGUGCACUGUGCGCAUGUACUUCUAAUUAUUAUUAUUUAGAUUUUAGUUUUUCUGCCCUCCUCCCCACAAAAAACCCUGCACACAAAACAAAAAGGUUCCUGGAAUAUUUCUUAUGGGUUUUAAUGCACGGAAUCCUUUAAAGUGCCCCCAGGAACUUCGUUGGAAAGGUUCCUAAAAACUGAAAUGGUUCCAAUAUGAACAAUCCUAAUGGAACCUAGUUUAUAAAGUGUGCACAUGUUUUUUCUUUUUUUUCCAGGUGGAGUUGUGUUUUAAACUAAAAUAAAUUCUUUGCGAAACAGACUAACUCAUGUGUACCUUCCAGAGGGGACAGAUACACUUUUACAGAGAGGGCCUCUAAUAUCAUGGAAAUAUGAAUGCACAGUUCAUAGUAAACUACUUCCUCUACUCAUAUUAGUCCAUCGCAUUGAAUCAGAGACAAAACGUCUUUUUUAUUUAUUUAUUUAUUUAUUUAUUUAUUUAUUUAUUUAUUUAUUUAUUUAUUCUUUCAUUUGAAGGAACAGGAUGGAGAAUGUUUUUAGGCAAAGGAGCGAGUUGUACAAGAGUGCCAGAAGUUUUUUCUUUCAAAGGGAAAAGGGGGAUCUUCCCUACAGAAACGCCCUUCAUGAUGCUUGCUCUGUAUGCAGCGACUGCAUAAACUCUUUAACCGUUUAACUUUUGUGCUCCAGGUUGCUGCCAGAGCAGCCAAACGCUUUCGAGCUGCAGUUCAGCACCUUGACUCCGGAACAGCUCCCAAAUCUAGUUAUUUUUCAUUUUAUUUUUUCUCUCCACUCUUCCUUCCUUCCUUCCUUCCUUCCUUCCUUCCUUCCUUCCUUCCUUCCUUCCUUCCUUCCUUCAUUCUUCCUUCCUUCCUUCCUUCCUUCCUUCCUUCCUUCCUUCCUUCCUUCCUACCUUCAUUUUAUUUUAUUGCGCUGGAUCGUAUUGCACUUCUCUCCAACUUUUGUGCUUUUUGAUAUUGCAUGUUUACUGUUCAUGUAAUAUGAUGAUUAAUAAGCUAAUGUAAUAAUUGAUGCCUCACUGCAGAAGUGAGACUUUACCUCGUUUCUACAUCACGGUGGUGGCUUUUUCACCUUUGGAACUUGGACACACCACGACUUGUGGUUCAUUUGUGCCAAGAGGUUCCUUUUCUUUUUCCUUAAAUUAGUGUCAAUUUACGUGUUUUAUUUCAUUGCAAUGCUAUUGAUUGAAUGGUAAAUUGUGUUGUUUGAUAAGGAAGUUAUUCUACUACAGCUGUCAGUGCAAAAAUAAAUAUAUUUAUAUGGCUAUGUAUGAUUAUUUGUAUUUUUGUAUUUUUCUGUUUGUCUGGAUAGUUAAGAUGACAGUUUAUUUCGAAACUUUUGAACUCACAGUGUUUCCUGCGUGCUGUAUAUUAAAGGGAAAUAAAAAGCAGACCUCCAUACCUAAAAAUAAAGCGUGAAAGAGUUAAAGACUCCUGAACAAGUGUACAAGUUUACAUUUACAAGAGACACAAAGCAUUUCUGUCCACUUAGAACCCGUGUUUUGUUGUUUGACAGACCCCUAGUUUGUGUAUGUACAUAAAUGAAUGAAUUAUGAAUCAUCUAGCUCACAUGGCUCUUUGUAGUGUGUAAUGUGAUGAAGACUAGAAUAGCACCAGGCUGGACAUUGCUGUUGAGUAACUUAGGUAGCACACAUUGCUGCAUUUUCUUUUCUUUUCUUUUUUUUUCCACUAGUUCUUCUACACAAAGGUAAAAGGUGUCUUAUCACAGUUAGGACACCGAUGUAUUGUAGUUUGUUUUAAAAAAAAAAAUGAAUGAAAGAAGCUAGGAACGAACAACGGGGGAGAUGUUUAUGGGAAACUUGCCUUAAAUUAUUUUUAAUCUCUUCCUAUAGUGGGAGAACACAAUUGUAUAUAUUAAGACAGUUUAUACAAAGUACUUUGAAUGAACUU